CUCGUCGGAUGGACCCUUCUUCAUCAAAACUCAUCAGAACCUCACGAAGCUUCGUCCCGGCAAGUCGACACGCAGUCAGUAAUUUUCACGAGAAGGCGUGGGCUGAUUCGUCGCAUUUAACGAACGUGCUCCGACAAUUUCGUUGUGACACUAUUCGUGGGUCAUCCCUAGUCACCGGCGUCCUCAACGAUUGAUCUCCAAGAGAGAAGAUGAAUAAACUUUGUCGUCAACUCUCGAUCGAGAGCCCGAGCGUAAGCGGCCGGGAAUGUGUCUUCAGCUUCGACGUGCCCGUGCCGGAUGUGCCGGCUCACGGUGCCCGUAUCCGGGUGGUGUGCGCCGGUGCUUGUUACCAUCCCCGACGAUCGCCGAGUCUGACCAGCUUGACCUCGGUCUCGAGUGGCAGCAGCCUGGCCGCCGACAUAUCCGUGGAGAGUGAUCCCUAUCCGGUGUCUAUGCCGCAUCACGGAGUACGCGACGCCGCUCUAUUCCCCGGUUACGAGGUAGCCGGCAUAAUCGAGUCGUUUGGCACCGAGGUGCCCGAGGACUGCGAACUCGCCGUGGGCGAUCGCGUUAUUCUUUAUCCCUACGAUGGCAUCCCCAACGGCUACGUCGAAUACCUGGUUGUCCAUGAUCUCAAGUACCUGAUCAAGCUCCCGGACAACAUGUCACUUAGCGUGGCAGCCAUGCUACCGGCUGGCGCGCUUCUUGCCAUGAAUACCGUCUUCGCCGCACACGAACACGUGCAGGCAUUACUGAAGGAGAGAGGUGAAAACAGCGUCUGCAAGAUUCUGGUAGUUGGCACAGGUGGUCUGGCAUUGUGGGCACUCAGAAUUGCUUCGUAUCACUUUAGUAACAUGAGAGAUAGAGUGACUACUACGAUAGCUACUCUUAAAGAUGAGGGUCUUCUUAUAGCUCAGGAAUUCCAACGAGUGAGCGUGGUACAGUGGAACGAGGAUCUAUAUGAGAAACAACUGAUCGAACGCACAAUGGACGCCUGCGGUGGCCAGGUAGAUGUGGUGAUCGACUUUGGUACAACAUCGCGCAAUCUCCAUCGUAGCAUGCAGUGCUUAAACAAGGGCGGCGUAGUAUUUGUGAUCAAGGAGGUCGCCGAUCGGCUGUUACCCAAGUUCAGCCGACGAGCCGAAGAACGGCAGCACUCCAUCAAACCGGUAGAACCAGGCACGCUGGAGCAAUUACGCGAAUUGGUGCAACUAGUCGCUUCCGGUGACAUCGAACCACCUCCACAUACCGUAUAUCCCGCCGAGCAGGCCCUGGAUGUCGUCAAAAAGCUUUGCCAUUCGGAGAUCCAGGGCCGCGCAAUUCUUCGCUUCUAUCCUGCUGACUAGAGAAUUAGCCGCUGAGAGAUUUCUCCGCGAUCGCGGAUCAGGCGACAGAUUCGACGAUGAUGACCGAAAAAGCCGGCUCGAAUCAGAAUGAGAAUUUUGCUUGAUAGAACGCAAUGUGCUUGAUAGAAAUUUGAAUCUUGAUAGAGUUGAAGGGGACUGUCAAGUUCAAAAGUAGUUGUUUCAGACUCAGAGGGCCGAAUUUAGAUAAGCCGUUGACGAAAGGUGCUAGAGCGAUAGUUUGUGAAUGCAGGGAUAUGAUCUUUCGUAGAGUAAAACAUUAACUCAAAAGGAUCUUAUAAGAGUCGUAUAAAAUUCUACGGUAUAUCUUAUCACGAAUGAGAGAAAAAAAAUGAUGUCUCGGUCUAUGAUUAAUCAAGUAUUAACCUGAUUUGAUAAAAUCUUGUGAUUAAAUUUGUUGACCAAUUUGACUUCGUCGGAUAUUUUAUUUUAUAUUGAUUUUUUUUUAAUGUUGAGAAACUUAUCUUUGAAAGAAGAUACUCCUCGUAUAAUAAGUAAAAUCUUUUUCAAAGAGAUUUUUUUCCGUUGAUAAAAUAGAAACAGAAUAUAAUUUUUGCGUAUCAUUUAAUGAUUAAUAUCUUUUUUUUUAAAUCAUGAGUAAUUAACUCUUGCAAAUAGACAGAGAUAAUCAUAAGUCAAAUCGAGAUAACAGUUUAGAUAACAUAAAAAAGACGGCGUAAAGCUGCCGGUGGCGAUAGAAAGAUGUGUUUAUGUUAUAUAAGAAACGACGUUCUCCACUUUCCUUCAAAUCAAUGUCUAGUAUUUGUCGUUUCUUGAUACAAAAUGAGAUCCAAGAUAACAUUAAGAUGCUGUGCCGAGCACAGUUAGUGGAGUUAGGAGUAUUAAUAAACGAGAUUAUUAUUUUGUUUUCAAAGGAAAUAUGCUGAAUGGUGAAUAUAGAGACACAAAGCAAUACAAUUGCACAUCCUUUCGUAUAUGCGUGCUACCGGAUCAAAGCGCGCACGAUAAUAAGAUAAUUUCGAUUCUCGUCGGUGUAUGUUGAUAUUUUUAAAAAUUAAUGAGUACUGGCAGCUACAAAAUAGUCGUAUUAAUUAUACUGUCUUUAAUAUUUAUACUACGGUUAAUAUGAAUACUUAAAGUUGAAAUCGAAGAAACAGUGAUGGAAGGAUUAAAGGAACGAAAUGACUUUGAAUAAUCGUAUUAAUUAUACUAUUUAAUUAUAGUUACAUUAUAGUUAAUAAUGGCUAUUUAAAGUCGCUGAUACUUAUAGAAAUAUCAACAACACGAAAAGGAUUAAAGCUAAUAUUUUUGCUGAAGAGAUAAGGAAAUAUCGAAGGUUUUCUAUAAAGUGCUUCAUGCAUUGAUAUCGCUGUUGCGUGUUCGAACAGAACGCAUUUGAAAGAAAGUCUGUAUUCCUCGAAUAUUUGGAAUGUAAUUCAAAUGAAAUUUUGAUUUAGAAUAGCCUUUGUUUAAUUACAUCACAUGUGUUGUAAGUCAUCGUAAAACAGAAAGCGUUGAAUGUAUACGAAUGACGAGAAUACAGAUCGAUUUGUGAUACAGUAAUAAAUUCAACACGAAUAGGAAUCAGCACAGUGAAUUGUGCUAAUUGCGCGAUGAAAAUACGAUCUUGUUGAAUAUGCGUUUAUUUUAAGCGGUACUGUUUAUGAUAAUAGCGGAGUUCGUCGCUACUUGUUUUAAUUAUCGAGUAACGUUAUUCGCGAUAAUAGUGGCGAUAAAUGAAUAUCUCCUGCAAUUGUUAAAACAUCAUUGCUAUAUAAUUGUUAUAAAUGUUCCUCGAUAAUUAAAAGAUAUGAGAACGCGAAGAUACCGCUAAUGCGGUACAAAAAGUACCACUGCAGAAUCCAAAACAAGUCCGAUAUAUACGCGCACACUUCAUGCUUUCUGCAAUGAUAUUGCAGCGCAUGAUCAAACGUGUAUAUUUAAUGUCAAUUCAGGAUAAAAAGUAAUCAACCGAAUGCCUGUACGUCUAGAAUAAGUUUAAGAUAAGGACGUGGAGUAAGGAUACUGUAAUACAGUACUGUAAAGUGAGACAUAAUUGUACUGUAAAGUGAGACAUAAUUGCUAUAGCAAGAUAAAAACAUGACAAGUGUCUGCAAAACUAUUUUUUUGCAAGAGUAUAUAGAGGAAAUAAUCGCUUCAUAAAUGGAUUCAGAUUCUGUUCUGAUUUCAGUUAUGACUUAAAAAUUAUAUUCCAGUUAUGACUUAAAAAUGAUUAUGAUAUAUUCCUUUAUAGUUCUAAUUAGCGAUGCUUCUUCAAGCGUCUGAUAUAAAAGAAUCGGAUACCAUACUUGCAAAACAUUUUAGUGAGAUAUAUUAGUAUAUUUGAUGUUCUCAAUCAUUUCCUGGAUUAGAGAUGAGGCUGAGUAAACUUACAUGGUUUACUUUGGUCAUACCUGAUGAUAUCUUGCUUAGACUUUCUUCCAAGGCCUUUUUAAACUCAUCUGUCGCUUCAUUGUAUUGUAUUGUUAAUACGUCAUUUUAUGAUAUCGUGCGAAUAUACGUAAGAAAUACAUUACUUCGUUAAGAUUUUAUCCGAUACAUUAAGAUUGUAAAGCAUAAUCACAGUUAAGUAAGUUACAUUCGGAUUGCAUUUCAGUGUCAAAGAAAACGAGCGGUCGUAUUAGAUGACGAAUGAUUUCCAUGUCGAUCGGACAUUGCCGUCACAUCUGCCGAUGGUUUGCGAAAUCUGGUUUUGCGAAACCAAAGCGCGACAUCGCGGAUCCAAAUCUUAUCAUUAACAUGACAUAAUAAGAACAUAAUAUUUUAUUGAGUGUGUACGUUCAUGUCCGGAAUAUCUCGUUGAACGUCGUUUAUCGUCGUUUAGAUCACUUAUAUUCACUUUUUGCUUAGAGUAAAUCUUUAGUCUAAAUCCAAUCAUAUAAGCUUGCGAAACAAUGAUCGCAUCGGUCGCAAUAUAGUCGCAAGUCGCUGUACCUCAGAAAGACUGUUUAUUUUAAACGGUAUACCAAUAUACCUUCUUUUUUUUAUUGUAUGCACAUUUAAGAGAUGGUUUAAAAACCGUAAUACAUGCAUCAUAUAACAUUAUUAUUGUACCUAUCAUCAAAUGUAACACUAAAAACACAUUAUUAUAUUACGGUGAUAAUAUAACCAAUGUUUGAUUUUCCUUUUUUUAAA